AGUACUUAGAGGGGAGACGCAUCAUUUGUGCAGUGGUGGAAGCAACAUCUCCUGGUAGCUGUCAGAGCGCACAGCAGGCAGCGUUUCAAUUUGUUCUCUCUGCUCGUUGUUGUGUGACGGAGGCGAUGUGGAUUUACAGGCUCGUUGUUGGACUCGCAGUCAUUUAUUGCUGCGAAGGCAGACGAAAUGCACUCCAGGACUACCAGAAAUCCGAUGGCAUCCAACUGGUUGUUGUGUCUCCCGAUUCCUCCCUCCUCACCAAAAGCAGGAAACUGAGCGUAACCAAAUGUGCAAAAACGUGCAGCCGCGGGAAAAGACUCCCAUUCACCUGCAGAGCUUUCCUCUAUGAUCAUAGGAGCAGGAAAUGCCAGUGGCUUUCAUUUGACAGAAAUUCGCCAGGAGCCCAAAUCCAUCAAAACGUCUACUAUGACCUCUAUCAAAAGAAAGACUACGUAAGGGAAUGCAUUGUGGGCACGGGUGAAAACUACAGGGGUUGGAGGUCAGUGACAGUCAGUGGAAUCCUGUGCCAGGCCUGGGCCUCCCCGAUACCUCAUGAGCACAAAUUCAUGUCCAAGAGAUACAAGAAGAAGGACCUAAGAGGAAAUUAUUGUCGCAACCCAGAUAACUCCACCAUUGGUCCAUGGUGCUUCACCACCGACCCAAGACCACACCUCAGACACCAGGAGUGUGGCAUACCACAGUGUUCACAAGUUGAGUGUAUUAUCUGUAAUGGGGAAGACUAUCGAGGACCAAUGGACCAUACAGAAAGUGGGAAAGAAUGUCAACGAUGGGACCUGGAUGAACCUCACAGGCAUACGUACCACCCCAAGAGGUACCCUGACAAAGGCCUACAUGAUAACUACUGCCGGAAUCCCGAUGGACGUCACAGACCCUGGUGCUUUACCACAGAUCCAAACACACCCUGGGAGUACUGCAAGAUCAAAGUCUGUGAAACACCUCCUAAAAGUCCUGGGAUGGAGACAACCGAAUGUUAUGAGGGCAGAGGAGAGGGUUACAGAGGCACAGUAGACAUGACGCCCAGCGGACUCGCCUGCCAACGCUGGGAUUCUCAGUAUCCUCAUAACCACACAUUUUCACCUGAAGCCUACCUUUGCAAGGACCUGAGAGAGAACUAUUGUAGGAAUCCAGAUGGUCAAGAAUUCCCCUGGUGCUUCACUACAGACCCAAGAGUACGCACAAUGUUCUGCACCCACAUCCCUCAGUGCAGCGCCCAGAACAGCCCUGUCAGUGAUUGCUUCCUGGGUUUUGGAGAGAAUUACCAAGGAGAGCGUUCAAUGACUAGAUCAAACCUGCCUUGUGCUCCCUGGCAAAACCACAGCAACAGUGGAGAGCGGGGUAUUCAGAUGGCUGGUCUAGAGGGAAACUUCUGCAGAAAUCCUGAUAAGGACAGACAUGGUCCCUGGUGUUUCACCAACAAUUCUGCCAUUAGCUGGGACUACUGCAAUGUCAAAUCUUGCGAUGCUUUGCAAAAUAACAUUCCAGGAGUCUUUGGAGUUGAGCCAAACCCUGUGAGCUGUUUUGUCCAUAAAAGAAUCAGGAUUGUGGGAGGUACUCCAGUUGGCAUAUCAGACGGCAGCUGGAUGGUCAGCAUACAGAAAGGAUCAGUGCACUGGUGCGGUGGUUCACUUGUACGAGAGAAGUGGGUACUUACUGACAGACAAUGCUUCUCCUCCUGCGUUCCAGACCUCAGUGAGUAUAGGGUGUGGCUGGGAGUCUCUGAUCUUCGGGAAGGAUCUCCUGACAGAUCUAAGAGACAAGAAGUCAGGAUAGCUCAAGUGAUAUGUGGCCCCGAUGGAUCUAGCUUAGCCCUCUUGAAGCUCUCAAAGCCUGCCCGUCUUGCAGACAAUGUCCACGCAAUUCAGCUACCUGUGGCUGGAUGCUCCAUUCCAGAGGGAACAAUGUGUAAAAUGUAUGGAUGGGGAGAGACAAAAGGCACUGGUCAUGAUGACAUCUUAAAGGCAGUUGACUUGCCCAUGGUGGGAAGUUAUAGGUGCAGAGAAAUGCAUAGAGGGAACUUCCAUAUCACCAACACCAAGAUCUGUGCAGGAGGGAAAAGGAACGAAGGAGUGUGUGAGAGGGAUUAUGGGGGUCCCCUUGUGUGCCAGGAUGGUGAUCUCAAAGUUAUUGUUGGCAUCAGUGUCCAUGGUAGAGGCUGUGCGCGAGCCAACCAGCCUGGUAUCUUCAUUAAUGUGCCCUUCUACACACAGUGGAUUUACAAGGUCUUUCGAUACUACCCGGACUCUGAGAUCGCUUAGAAACUGAAGUAAACUGAAAUAGAAGAAAUCACUACCAGGGGACUAAAUCAAAAGCAGAGCCUCUCUGCAUUAACUCCAGUGGUUUCUGAGGCUUGGAUACCUGUGGGGUCUGCAGCUGAACAUGAAAGUCUGAGGACACACUUACAGUGUGAUGUUAGAUUUUAAAUCACUAGCAAAUAUGCAGUAGUCACUGAUGGUUGAUUACAAAGAUGAAGACAUGCAAUAUCAUGUAAUCCCUUGAACCAUCUAGUAAGAGAAUAGGUCUUGUAAAAGCUGGUUGUUUCAUAAGGGGAAAAAGAUGCCUUUAAAUCAGUUAGAAUUAGAAUGGAAAAAUAACACAAAAAGGGCUGUGAAAUUCAAUUUGCCCCUUUAUCUUCCCUGUUUCAAUUAUUCAAAGAAAACUUAUUAUCUAAAAAAGGCAACACAGGUACAUAAAAAAAAUGUCUUUAUUAAAAGAGGGGAAAAAGUAUCCAGACAAAUCUGGCCCUUUGUGGAAAAGUUAUUGUCCCCCUCGUUAAAUCAUGAAUUUUUUGGAACGAAGAGUUCAGUUUCACUAGCCACACCCAGGCCUGAUUAUUGCCAGACCUGAUCAAGAAAUCAUUUAAACAGAACCUGUCUGACAACCCAAAGUGGACUAAAAUAUUUCAAAAGGCAACAUGUCAUUCCCUAACCUAAAGCAAUCAGGAACAGAUGAAAAAUGAAGACAUUGACAUAUAUCAGUUAAUGAUGGAAAGGGUCACGCCAUUCCUAAGAAGAGAGUCAUAAUUUACAACUGCAGAGGCAUUGUAUUAUGCUGAACCUUCCUAGCAGUGGCCAGCCUUCCAAAAUUACUACAAGUGCAUAUCCAGGAGAAUAUCAAAGAUUCUAGAACAAUCUCUAAAUAAAUAUAGGCGUCCCUUCCUUCAGGGAUGACGCAUGAUCCAACCCUAAAAUGGCAAAUAUGAGAGCUUUCCAAUUUGUUCCAAAUCACUGCUAACCCCCAUCCCCCCUAAAAAAAGAUUAAGAGCUUCUCAUGUUUGCUAAAAAAUCUUCUUGUAUUCUGUAGUCUGACAGGACAAAAGUCAAUCUUUUUGAAAGUUGUGCAUUUCGUAUUUGUUAUAUCUGGUGCAAGCUAAUAUAAUGUGGUAGAAAAAGAAAAUUAUACUGAAAGACAAACAUGGUGCCCUGCGACAGACUGGCGACCUG